AUGGAUAGCAACUGGAUCUUUGACCACCCAAACUCUCAAGCUUCAACUCCUUCUGGUAACAUUAAUCAUCCUUCCUCAAAUGCUCAAACUCCAAUAGAUCAUCAAUCAAAUCAUGAAUUUACUCCAAGUCAAUCACAUGCUUUUCUGAACUUUGAUUCUCCUUCAAACAACUCAGAUUUCAAUCCUUCAAAUCCAAAUAAUAAUCAAAAUCAAUCACAUACAAUAUUAAAUUCUGUCUCAUCUGAAUCUCAUCAUCAAUUUAAUAAUGAAAUAAAUUCAAGUUUAAAGAAUUCAAAUGACUCAAAUCAUUUACAUGAGUGGGCACAGCUUCCAGAUUUCAAUGACUUAGAUAUGAACUUUUUCCAAAAUCAACAUAAUAAUCAACAAAACAAUGAUCAUGAUCAACAUACACAACAACAAUCUCAAGCUCAACAGCAAACAAAUGGACAUCAUUCAAUCCCACCAACUCCACAAUCUUUUGAUGUUACCAACUAUGCAAACUCCUCAAAUUCUUCAUUCAUACAAAAUUUUCAAUCUCCUCAGUUAGAUUCAAAUCCAUCAAGUAUUCAAAAUCAAACUUCAAUAAGGCCAGAUGUUGUCUUCACUCCUUUAGUAUCACCCGCUGUUACGCCAUUAGAAUCAAUGAUCAAUCAAAACCAAAAACACAAUGGAAUUGGAAUAAAUACAAAUGGUUCAAAUAAUAACAAUUUUUUCUCUCCAUUAACUUCACCAGCUUUAGAAGCAAAAUCUCCAAUGAAGUAUAGAAAAAAUUCAAAUUCAAAUUCCCCUGAUGAAAACCAAUCUAAUCAAACAUCAUCCACAGCUACAACAAAAAAGAAAUAUAAAAGGAAAACACCUGGUAAUACUCCAAUUGUCGGUCCAACUAUUCCUGGUAGAAUUGCUAAGCAAUCUCCAAUCAUCAAAGCUAAGCGCUCAAGCUCUUAUGUUUCCUCAAUUCAUCAUCACCAUCAUCACCAAUUUCAACAACCUGGCGGCUCUUCAACUUCUCAAUCGAAUACUCCAUUAGCAACAACUCCGACCUCUGGUGAAUACGAAAUGACACCAUUACCAGAUCCAAGUGUUGAUCAAUCAAUAAAUGGCUCGAUGGCUCCACCAUCAUCAACAAAUACAACAAAUUCAAACACAACUACUUCUAAUAGCAUACCUACAGUGACAAGACGUCGCUCCAAAAAAGAUUCAAUAUCUUCUAAUGGUUCUGGUUCAAAUCAACCAGCUACACCUGCUACAUUAAUGAAUUUCAAAUUAGAAUCUUCAAAUUCACCAGUGAUAUUACCAUCCAAUGGACAUCAAAAAUCUUUUUCAAUUUCACAACAACAAAAUGGUUCAAUCUCAACACAUCAACAACCACAACUGAGUUCACAUCAACGUCGUCCUUCAGAAGAUUCAGAUACUAAAAAAGCUUCACAUAAAUUAGCUGAACAAGGUAGAAGAAAUCGUAUGAAUCAAGCCAUAAUGGAAUUGGGUGAUUUAAUUCCUGAACAAUUACAACAAACAAUUUCAAUACCUUCAAAAGCAACAACUGUUGAAUUAGCAACAAGAUAUAUUUUGGAAUUAAAAGAAGAAAAUAGAAGAUUAAAAGAAGUUCUCCUGGUCGAAAAUGCGUCCCCAAAUAGCAUAACAACUUUUCAUGAUACGAUAUCAAAUGAAAUACCAAAAGAAUUAGGAAGAUGGUCAUUUGAGUUGAAAAUAUUCAAAAUUAAUAAUUCUACUGCACAAUCAUCUCAAAGCAAUUUUCUAUACAACCUAGCAUUAAGUCACGAGCCACAUAAAGCUAUUACAUUAGUCAAUAAAUCAGCCAUUAUAUCCAAUAAUGAUAUUUCUAAAGAAUUAAUAGAUAGUGGUUGUUCAAAUAUUUCAAUUGAUAGUCUUGACCACAUAAUACAAACUAAAUUACAAAGUCUUUGGUUAUUGAGACAAACUUUGAAAGGGGAAAAUGGGAAUAGUUAUGAAUUGUUAGAUGGUUCUUUAGUAUUGAGAACUAUAAAUGUGUUUUUACAUGGUAGUUUCAAGGCUUUUUUAAUAGAGAUAGAGUAUAAAGGGAAAGGGGAUGGUCUACAGAAGAUCAAACAGUUCACAGAAGAGUUGAAUAUACCACAGGGAAGACUUUGUACAGGGAUGUUGAACGAUAAACCUUCUUAUUUGGGAGAUUUGUCCCUUCAAUACACAGAGGCUUUGAGGUUUUAG